AUGAUGGAUGUUGCUCAAGCUUAUAUACUAUCUCCCGGGUCACUCCUUGUCGGUGUAGUGUCGGUCGCACUGUUGAUCAACGGCGCAUGGCCGCGUCUCUAUCGCCGAAAGCAGCUCGAGGGAUUCACUCAUGCCCCCAUCGCCACAAACAACGAGUCUCUUGCCGUGUCCAAAGAGCCGGAGGUUCCGCCGGGAUGGUGGAAGAGCCGGGAAGUAUUCGAGUUGGAGCAUCGUGCCAUCUUCAGCAAAUCCUGGCUGUACCUUGCCCAUAGCGCGCAGUUUGCUAAGCCUGGAGCGUAUCAAUCGUUUGACAUUGCUGGCUAUCCUGUCUUCCUGAUUAGAGGCAAGGAUAAUCAGAUUCGCGGAUUUCAUAAUGUGUGCCGCCAUCGCGCUUACACCAUCACCAGAAAAGAGACUGGUGCUUCUACUGUCCUUGGCUGCCGAUAUCACGGAUGGAGCUAUGAUACAUAUGGACGGCUUGUGAAAGCACCGCAAUUCGAAGAUAUCGAGGGGUUUGAGAAGUCCGAGAACGGUCUUUUCGAGGUUCACACGCACACGACUGUCCAGGGUCACGUUUUUGUUAACCUUGAUGCCAACCAGCCUGGCCCUUUUGACGAAUCGACUCGCAUGGCCCUGGACAAAUUCUGCUUAGCUGCCGGUCUGAAAGAUAAAUCAAACUGGGUCAGUGGCCACACCUUAGCUGGCGAAUUCAACUGGAAAUUUGGAUCAACUUCUCAAAACUUGAAGAAUGUUGCAUCCCAACUGGAGGAACGGAUCACACAGCUGCGGGCUCCGUCUGUGACUGAACGGCUUAUCGAUGUUGUGGCACCAAAGAACAACCAGGCAAACUGCUCUUUGUUCCCAAUCUCUUUUUUCUACUCUUUCGAAAAAGCAGACCUGUGGAUCUCACUAACAUUCCUGCCAUCUUCAGAGACAAGCACUGCUUUGCGCUUUGAUAUUUUUACAUCUUCCAAGGCUCGGGUCGAAGAAAGCUGGGUAAACUCAGUGCAAGAUCAGGUUCAGGCCAUGAUCAAGGAGGUCGAAUCCAACUAUCGCCUCGCAUCUGCAUCUGACCGCCCUGUUGAAAACACGUUGGCAACCCAUCGUAUUGUCAAGCAGCUUCAAGAGCACCAGAAGCUCGAAAAGACGGCCGGUGGCCCUAUCAGCCCAGCGAUGCGUCAGCCGAAGGGCAGCUCCCUAUUUGAACAGGCAGAGCAAUUGUGCAAGGAGAUUGACUGCUCUGGACCCGGGUCUGACGGUAAUGGUGCCUCUGGUGGCCUGGAUUGGUAA